UCAUAUCCUCUUGCACUGGUAAAGUCUACUACUUGUGGACUACCUGUGUCGGAAAUAUUGCGUGAGACUGAGUUAUCACAAGCAACGCCUGCUGAAAAUUUGCUUUGCUACGAUCCUCGAUUCAAAAACCAUGGGAUUGAAAAUUAUGUAGAACUCAAUGGAAUCAAAUGAUAACAUUUAAGUGAUGUCCAAAGUCAGUCCUGCAAYUAGCAUACCCAGCGACAAAUUGCCUCCAGAAUGGGAGAUGAGAACUGACCUUAAUGGUCGUGUGUAUUUUGCAAAUCAUGCGCUAAAGACAACACAAUGGCAACAUCCAAUCACAGGCAAAAAGAUAGUUACUAAAGAACGGCAAGACAGACAAGAAUCCAAGAAUCUUCACAAACCAUUUGUACAUAUGUUCCCUUCAUCAUUUACUGCUAUGGACGUACUGCAGGGAAAAAAUCUGUCAGGACAUGUUUUUAUAGUCACUGGAGGAAACAGUGGAAUAGGAUAUAGCACUGCUGAGUCACUGGCCACUCAUGGCGGUCAUGUCAUCAUUGCUUGUAGAAAUAUGAACAAAGCACAACAAGCAGUGGCAGCAAUCAAGAAAGAAUGCAGGGAAAGAGAUGUUUGUGCCAAUAUUGAAGCAAUGUUCUUGGAUUUGGCAUCAUUCAAAAGUGUAAAAUCUUUUGCAGAGAAUUUUAAAAGCAAAAACAUACCUCUUCAUGUUUUGAUAUGCAAUGCCGCUGUGUUGGGAUGUCCCUGGCAGAUAACAGAAGAUAACAUUGAAUACACAUUUGCAGUAAAUUACUUGGGACAUUUUCUGUUAAUUGAUCAACUGAAAGACAUUUUGAUAUUAUCUUCCCCAUCAAGGAUUAUUAUGGUUUCCUCUGAGUCCCAUAGGUUUGUUGAUUUGGGGUACUCCAGCAGGCUUGAUUUAUCAUUAGUACCACUUCCAAAGGACAAGUAUUGGUCUAUACUCGCAUAUAAUCAGUCAAAAUUAUGCUGUUUAAUGCUCUCCAUGGAAUUAAAUCAUCGUUUAAAAACACAUGGUGUUACUAGUUAUGCKGUUCAUCCAGGAAAUCUGAUUUAUACAUCACUAUGUGCAAGUACAAGCCUGUACUGGUUGCUGUUUUUCCUGGCCAAACCAUUCAGUAAAACACCAAGCCAAGCAGCAGCAACACUAGUCUAUUGUGCCACAGCUCUGGAACUUCAAGGAGUUGGGGAUCUGUAUUUCAAUGGUUCUAGUGAAUGUGACCCAUCCCCUGAAGCAACAGAUAAAACUAAGGCUAAAGAACUAUGGAGGAAGAGUAUGGAUUUGAUACAUGGAAACAAUGACACUUUUAAUGAYAUUCUUCACGUCUAAUAGAGUACAUAGAGUGCAAGCCAUGAAACAUUAUUUUUAAGCACAAACUACUUUAUGUAUCACCUGAUUUAGAAAGGCUUAUUGCAUAGCAAGGUGACAAUUUGCCUACGGACAAUACUACUGCAACACCUUUGCUCUGUAUGGUUUAAUGAUAUCGUCAUUUCAACUGGCUCAAGGCAAGAGGUGAUCUUAGACUUGUUGGACUUAUAAUCAGCUUUCUUCAACACUUGAUCGUACACUACAUCUAGAACAUGUUAUAGUUUAUCUACCUGAAUGUUCUCAGUCAGUGGUGGUUGUUAAAAAGUCACUUUCAACAGGCAA